AUGGCUUCAUCAAACAGACACUGGCCUAGCAUGUUCAAAUCCAAGCCCACCCACCAUCAAUGGCAGCAUGACGCCACUCUCGUUCCAAACGGUUCAUGCCACAGACCCCCGUACGGAACCACAACCGCUACGACAUCAUCAGGGCUCGAAGAUCAAAGGACUCCGGAGCCAAAGCCGAGGUGGAACCCUCGGCCGGAGCAGAUUCGGAUUCUGGAAGCUAUUUUCAACUCCGGGAUGGUGAACCCUCCGAGGGAUGAGAUAAGGAAGAUCAGGGCUCAGCUCCAAGAGUACGGUCAAGUCGGUGACGCCAAUGUCUUCUACUGGUUUCAGAACAGAAAAUCGAGGUCCAAACACAAGCUUCGCCUGCAGCACAUUAACUCAAAGCAACAGCAACAAUCCCAUAAAGCAUCCCUCACUGCUGGCCCUUCAUCUUCUUCUUCAUCUUCGGAAAGAUCAUCUCCCAACAAACAACAGCAGCAGCAGUCAAACAAGACCUCCUUCUCUAUGGGAUUCUCCUCACCACCACAUGUUGUUACAACUCAUGAUGUUUGCAACAUUAACUCUCCGACCGCUUCGGUCAAUCAGACAUCCUUUUUCCAUGCUCUUCCAAACCCUGAGGUCUUGCAUCCCGAACCGGCCUACUUCUUUCCGGUGAACAGCCCUGCAGCUUCUACCAACGGGCCGGUAGCAAGUGCUAAUUUCAGUACUACGCAAGGGUUUUACUUCUCUGAGCUCGCGAAUGUGGUGCAUGUGAAUAACAGUGCCGAUCUUCAUACUGGUCUCUUGCUGAGUGAGAUUAUGAACAACAAUGGGAUGGCCCCAAGGAAAAAUGAUCGAGAUCAAGAGAUGAAUAAGGGCAUGAAGAUGGCGGACCAACAGCAACUACAGCUCAAUUACAAUAGCACUGUCACCACUUCUCCAACAACUACUGGUGGCGUUAACGUUGCGGUUCCAUCCCCCAUAACUCACUUUCAAGGUAUUGGUGAAGCUGGUGCUGCAAUAAUGGGAGCUGGAGGUGCGGCGAGAUCAAUGGUGUUCAUAAACGACGUCGCGUUUGAGGUGGCUGCGGGACCCUUCAACGUUCGCGAGGCUUUCGGAGACGAUGCCGUCCUCAUUCACUCUUCUGGUCACCCUGUUCUCACCAACGAGUGGGGAGUUACCCUUCACUCUCUUCACCACGGCGCAUUUUAUUACCUCGUGCGCAUCUUCUUUUAA